AAAAGUAUUUUGCUUUCAUUAAGUGUGUUAUGUAUACAUGUUUGUUUGAUGUGUAUUCAGGGUGCAAUGUGUAUGCUUCAGAACACUUCCUGGUAAAGCUGAGCACAGAAAAAAAACAUGGGCCUAGUCACGUGACACACAUAUAAACAAGAUACUUUGACACUUGUUCCACACACACACACACACACACAGUUUGCAGGAAGAUCUUACUCCUGUUCCGGUCAUGCCUCUUUAAGGGAUAAUGAUUCAUUUCGAUUGCUGUGUUUGCUAUAAUGAGUUAUUUUUGCAGGCGGAUUGUUAAGCUGUUCGUAAAUAAAAGAUGGUGCAGAAAGAGCUUUUACUUUCGUUUUCUCUGAACAGUAAAUAUGGGUGUGUUUCAGCUGCUCUUUCACCUUCUGUUGUUUCUAAAUAGACUUCCUAGUCGCUAUGGACAGAUCUUGGAGGUCUCUGAGACAGGACCAGGUUAUGGGUAACACACCUAAUUUUUCAAAGGACUAUGACGAGCAAUAUGACUCAACAUGGGAAGACGAAAGUGAUGGUGAGGAGAGUAGAGAGUCCUCUAUGCAGUGGUCACACAGGAACACACAUGCUGCAAAAGACAUGCAAACCUUCAGACACAAGUUUCGGAAAACCCAACAUGAUGACAGUACAGAUGAUUAUUUGGAGGAUGAUGAAGAAUUACCGAAUCUGCGUUUUUACCAAAACGACAUGCCUUUCUACCCUGAUGGUGUGUUGAUUGAGGAUUUUCACUGUAACUGGUUUGGUGACUACGGCAGGCUGGAAUAUGUGCACUCCUACAUUCAAUGGCUGUUUCCAAUUCAGGAGAAGGGAAUGAACUAUGCAUCACGUGAACUUAGCCUAAAAGAAAUCAAGCUGUUCCGUACAGAUGAGGAGGUGCAGAGAAGAUUGUUGACGUCUUACAAGCUCAUGUUGGACUUGUAUGGCAUAGAACUUGUCAGCGAGGACAGUGGAGAAGUGAAACGUGCAGAAAACUGGAAAGAGCGAUUUGCAAACCUAAAUAGAAACACACAGAACAAUCUUCGCAUUACACACAUCCUAAAGUGCCUGGGUUUACUGGGGUUCCGUCACUAUCAAAAACCGCUGGUUCAUUUCUUCCUUGAGGAGACUCUAGUCAAUGACCAACUUCCACGAGUAAAGCACAGCGUUCUGGACUAUUUUAUGUUUGCAGUUCUGGACAAAGAUGAACGAAAAGACCUGAUCAAAUUUGCAUACUGUAAUUUUAAGCCAAAAGAGGAUUUUGUGUGGUGUCCUAGGAGGAUUCGUAAUAAAUUGGAAAAAGAAACAGUGAGCCACAAAUUAAAUGCUGGUUCCAAUGAAGGAGAAUCAAGUGAUUCAACCUCUCAAAGUGAUCAGAAUGAUCUGUUGAACAGCAGAGUACACAAGAAAAAUGAAAUCAAAACAGAUACUAAUGAAGACACAGGUAAUAAUAAAUCUCUUCGCUGUGAAAGCAGAAAUGAUCAGAAUGUGUCAGGUGAGAGUCAAGAUUCUGAGGAACAGGCUUCACAGCAUACCGAAAGAGAUUCCAAAGAAAAUGAUUCAAAAGAAAUCCAGAAGAGUGACAGUGAAUCAUCAGAAGACAGUAUGGCGACUGGAACUGCCACAAACACUGAGGCAAAUUCUGCACACUAUGAUGCAGAAAAAUCAGCAGAUCAGAAUAGUUAUAAAUAUACUUUCUCUCCUGGAGAGGCCAAUGCAUCAAGUUGAACCUAUGAACAAACCUAUGAUCAAAACAUCUGGAUUAGAAAGGUAGAAAUUGAGCAGAAAGAGAACAAUUGAGGGGAUGAAUUACUUAAUGAAGCCUAUUUUAAUCAAUUGAACAAGAAAAAAUGAAUAGAAAUAAUGUUUUUGUGUUUUCUGCAAAUCUGUUGAUAUCAGAGUGUGUAUUUUAUGACUAAAUAAAAUGUAGGAAUUCUGAUCCUGUCAAAGAAUGUGUUUAAUAACUGUCCCUCAGUGGUGGAAUGAACUUCCAACCUCAAUCCAGACAGCAGAAUCUGUCACUAUCUUCAAAAAACAGCUAAAGACCCACCUCUUCCUAGAACACCUAACUAACCCCUAAAAUGCCAACCCCACAUUAUCCUUAAUAAAUAAAUAAAUAAAUAAAUAAAACCUACUCUGACACUUUCACCUCUACUCUGCACACUUUGCUUUUCUAGAACUCAAUUAAAAGAUCUUGUAUGGUAGCACUACUUGUAUUGUUCUCUGCUUGAUAUUGUUGUAUCGUUGUAUUGUUCUCGCUUUGCUUGUAUUUCCUCAUUUGUAAGUUGCUUUGGAUAAAAGCAUCUGCUAAAUGAAUAAAUGUAAAUGUAAUAAACAGUAGAUGAA